AUGGGCGCCUUGGAUUCAAUCACCGGAGGACCUGCCAAUCCGACCGCCGCUGCCCUUACGAUGCUGAACGGGGCAGAGAGCCAAAACUUUGUCAAGGAGCCUCCGGACCUCCAGGGAACCACGACCAAAGACUCGGGCGGUGGGGGCGAGCUGAAAAUGGGAGCCCCCCAGGACCGCUUCUACUACCCUGAUCCCCCCUUGCAGGAAGGCAGCUGUAACUUAGGGCUGACCUACGGAGGCCCGAUGGUGCAAAGCGCUUUUGCGGGGAGCGACCCGGCCUCUUCGGCCAGGUUUUUGGGGCCGGCAGCGAACAACUGCUCUUCCUACCGAGGUCAGCCUCCCCCGCCUAUCCCAGCGUCAACUGGCCCCGCCGGGAAUCCUAGCUUCUCGGUCUCAGCUGGCGAGCUCUAUCCCAGCGCCGGAGAUCUGUAUGCUAGCGCGCCCGCCGGAGAAGGCUGCUACUCGACGGCGGUCCAGCACGUGUUCCCGCGGGCUCCUCUCUAUCCCGUGCCGGGCUAUCAGGUCUCCGGAAAGAUCCAGAUGGUCCUCAACAACUAUCCACUCUGGGCCAAGUUCCACAAGCAUCAGACGGAAAUGAUCAUUACCAAGCAGGGCAGGAGGAUGUUUCCAUUUCUGAGUUUCAACAUCUCCGGGCUGGAUCCUGUGGCUCAUUACAGUAUCUAUGUGGAUGUUGUGUUAGUGGAUCAGCACCACUGGCGAUACCAAGGCGGGAAAUGGGUUCAAUGCGGCAAGGCCGAGGGAAAUAUGCCAGGGAAUCGGACAUACAUGCAUCCAGAUUCUCCCAACACUGGAGCACAUUGGAUGCGACAGGAAAUAUCCUUUGGGAAACUGAAACUCACCAACAAUAAAGGAGCAUCAAACAAUAUCACCCAGAUGAUUGUACUGCAGUCCUUACACAAGUAUCAGCCUCGCCUGCAUGUUACUGAGGCCAAGCAGGGCGAAGUGGAUGAGGUGCAUCCCUCAAUCUGCACCCAGACCUUUACUUUUCCAGAGACUCAGUUCAUCGCGGUUACUGCAUACCAAAAUGCUGAUAUCACUCAGCUGAAAAUAGAUCAUAACCCUUUUGCUAAAGGCUUCCGCGACAAUUUUGAUACGAUGUAUACCACAACCGAGGGAGAUCGCACAACCCCAUCUCCACCCAGUGUGGCCAGCUGCCAACAGCUCCUGUCAGGCAGCCGGUUCCAGCCUUUCUUGCAUGACCAGUUUCCACUGCCCCAGAGCCGCUUCUUCAAUCGAGAAUGUGUCCCACUCCCUCUGCCACCCAAGGAUCCUCCCCACUGGUAUUUUGCUUCACAACAGCCUCCCCCUGCUCCCCUGGAAUAUGGUGCCUAUGAGGGAGACUUCCGAGGGAACAAAUUUUUGCCCUAUGGGGUAAAGCCAUUUGCUCUCCAGCCGGCCUCCCACUCCUCCUUGCCCUAUUAUCAGGACCACCCAUUUGGUCCGCCUCCUGCAUGGAGUUCGCCACCUCAGUACCACCAUCCCAAGCCCAAUCCAGGGCCCCUGAGCUGGUUCCGGCCCAUGCGGGAUUUGCAGGCCUUGCCUGCUGGAGAGGAGAAAGGGAAGGACAAUGAGGGCUGGGCUGAACCAGGCUCAGUGAAGUCUGCAGAUUCGUCAGACUCUGGCUUAUACGAAGCUGAGUGUAAGCGUCGCAGAGUGUCUCCAUAUGUCUCAAGUGCCGAAAGCUCCCCACCUCUCCGCAAUGGGGAGCUCUAUGACAAAGAAAGUGGUGGGGACAGUGGUUAUUAUGGGUUCUAUGGCAACUAA